AUGUCAACACGCUCUCAGAGAACUGCUGAUAAAAGUCUUACUCAGAAACAUGCAAAAAUUCUUAAGUCGUGUUUAGAACAGCCCGAAAAUAAAUAUUGUGCAGAUUAUCCACGUUGGGCUUCUUGGAAUUUGGGCAUUUUUGUCUGUAUAACUUGUUCUGGUACUCAUCGUUCUAUGGGUACUCAUAUUAGUCGAGUCAAGUCCGUAGACUUAGAUACUUGGACACCUGAACAAGUUGAGAAAAUGGUACUCUGGGGCAAUGCAAAAGCGAACAUUUACUGGGAAGCUAAUUUAACGAAUAAGAGACCCCCAGAAAGUAACAUGGAUAGUUGGAUUCGAAGAAAGUAUGAGUUGAAAAAUUGGGUGAUGUCGAGAGAGAUUCCAGAUCCGAAAAAUUUAGGUGAACCAGAUUUAGGAGAAUCGAAACGAGGAGAUACAUCAGAUAACAAAACAGCCGAUCUUUUAUCAUCAACAUCAUCAACAUCUAAUUUGAUAAAGAAAUCACCAGCUAUAUCGCAACUUCAAGGUGCAGAUUUAUUUUCUAUAGGGUUACCUACGAAAAAUACAAGUUCGGUUCCAUCAAGUCCAACUCAAAAAAAAGAAACGCUCCCAAUGCCUAGAUCAACUACUCCCAAUUCUCUUGGAUCAUCAACUUCAAAUAAUUAUGAACCUACUAGCCAUGAAAAUCUUAAAUCUUCUAUUCUUUCUUUAUAUAAUAUACAACAGAAUUUGAUGCCACAAGGAAGUCAAUAUUUUGCUACUACUCAAACAUUAUCGGGGAAUUCUAUUGAAAAAAAAACUCCUUCAAAGGCUGAUGAUGCUUUUAGUGGUUUGCUUGAUGAUUUUACAAAAUUUAAAUGA